AUGCCUAAUGGUACCAUGAAACACAAUUUUCGAUGUCACCGUAAUCAACGUGUAUAUCUAGUCCUUGGUGAUUUCGAUCCGAAGCAACGUCUUUAUCCGAAUCCGCAAAGUGAUAAGCUCGACCCUGAUGCCAUUGAGGGAUCGUCACCAUAUCUUCACUGGAUGUAUUCCUCUUAUGUACCACCAGCUCCGCCUGCAGGUUCAGGGAUUCAUCGCUAUAUCUUUGCAGUGUAUGAGCAACCUCAGCUGUGGAAAACUACAGGCUCUUAUACUGUCAAGUCGAGGUGGUUCGGGCUCCUCGGCAACCGAGUGAGAAAAUACUGUGCGCUAUCAUUCUUGGGCUCAAUCCGGAGACAAGAUACAGUAGUAAACAAGGACACCGGUAAGACCAAAACUGGAGCUGCUGGGGCGCAUAGCGCCGAUUGGUCUUUUGAACCUGACGAAGGAGCUUUUCUAGGUACAAUGAACGGUGUUGUCGACGUCAACGGAAGAUCCGUCUGCCUGAACAUCACGGCAGCAGAACAGUAUCGCUUCGCUUGA